AUGACGGACAACCCAAAUCCAGGAAACUUUGCCAAUCGCCCCAAGGAAGAAGUACAGGAGAUCGCCUCAAAGGGUGGUCAGGCUAGCCAUGAGGGCGGAUUCGCCAGUAUGGAUCCUGCCAAACAGAGAGAGAUAGCAUCUGAAGGGGGCAAGGCUUCUAGUGGGUCUUUCGAGAAAGGAAGCGAGGCUGCAAGAGAGGCUGGUAGAAAAGGGGGCUCGGCAUAA